UCAACGCUGGAUCGAGAGAGAAGACACGAAUCGACAUGCUACCAUGGAGAAACUCAAAUAAGAGAAAUUUAAUAACUAUAAUAGCUCUAUCAUACUUUAAUUAACUAAUGAUAUGACUAAUGUAAUGAUUUAUUUUUUAGUUGAUAACUUUAUAGUUGCAACUUUUGUUUUUAUUUUUUGUAAUUUUAUUAUUGCUAAUAAAUAUAUUGUAUUAGAGGUCGUUCAUAUUGAAUAUUAGUUCGUUUACGUAUAUUCGCCUAGGUGGCGUUCAAAAUGCUAUUCCAAAGCAAACUACGGGAGUUAGUUAUCUAUUCACUUAUAUGAUUUGUGAUAGGCUUCGCCGUGUGAUCUAUGAAAGUAUACAAUUGCAGUGAACAGCAGAAAAGGGCAAAAUGCCAAGAAUUCCACGCAAAUCGAAAAGCGACUGCGCCACGCUCGAAAAGAAUGGUACCCCUCCUCGAACACCCCUCUCACAAGCAGAAGAAAGAGAAGAGUGGAGGGAGGAAGAGAGUCGCCAGUGGCGGGAAGAAGAAAGGGAAGGAGGAAGAAGAGGAGGAAGAGGGGGAGGAAGAGGAAGAGGAGGCUUCCUACAUAAAAAUGUAAGUAAUUUAUAGACAUUUGUAUAAAUGUUUGUACUGUAUGUCCGUCCAUUUAGCAAACUAAGUUUUAUGUCAAAAUGACAUAUACAUUUUGAUGCAAAAAUGACAGUUUGCUCUUUGGAUCUGUUUAUAUAUUUCCAUAUAUAUUGAUAAAAUACAUUUUUUUGUUGCAGCAAGUCAAUCAAAUGGUGCGGCGUGCAUUGCAGAAAGAAAGGAGGCGGAUGUAUGCUGGAGGAUACGCGUAUCAAGCGUACGUUCCUCCAGCAUACGCAGCACCGCCUCCUCCACCGCCGAUGGCGAUGCCAAUGCUGCCACCGCCGCCGCCGACGGCGAUGCUAAUGUCGUCACCACCGCUGCCGCCAACGCUAUAUACGUAUGGAUACGGUAGUAGUUAUUACUACCGCUAUCCAUACAUAUAAAUAUAUUAUGUAUAAAAAAUAAUAAAAAAAAUAUAUAUAUACAAAAAUAUA